AUGUGGGGAGGUUCGGAAAUAACAGAAGAUGAAAUAGGAAGACAGAUUGAAAGCCUGAAAAGUGGAAAGGCACCAGGAGGGGGUGGAAUCCAGAACGAAGCGUGGAUGUUCGGGACAGAAGGACUGAAAGAAAGGAUAUGGGAAGUGGGGCAAAAAAGUGAUGUGAAGAACUACCGAGGGAUUACCUUGCUCAAUACGGCGUACAAGAUAUACCCAAUAAUACUGGAUGAAAGGUUACGAAAGGAGAUGGAAGCAAGGGUGGGAAGAGAAAUGAGGAAAGAGGGUGGACGAAUGUACGCAUUGUUCAUAGAUUUAAAAGCAGCGUUUGACAGCGUGAAUAGAGAGAAAAUGUGGGAAUUUUUGAGGAGAAAGGGAGUAGAUGCGUACCUGGUAACGAAAAUGGAAGAAAUAUCUAUAUGA